AUGGGUGCGAGUAAUUGGAAAGGUGCAUCAAAGGAAGAUGUUAUUGGAAGCAGAAUUGAUGAAGAUGAGGCUGUAGAUAGGUUGAAGGAAAUUUUGGGAGGUUUCGGUGGAUUAGGAGGCGAUUUUCUGGGGAAGUUCUUGGAAGAUGAUGUCGAAGAAUGGAAACAAAGAAUUGGAAAUGCUUCCACUCAGUUCAGCAACGAGCACAAGAACGGGGGCAAAAUUCGGCGAGAGUCUGCUGAAAAGGCGUGGAAAUCGUAUUGCGAGGAGGUCUUCCAGGAAUGGCAGUCCGAUGCAAUGGUCAGCACCGAAAUGAAGUAUCGUACUUUUGAGGAAGCCCUUGCUCAGAUGAAAGGCGGUUUGAAUGGACAAUUUGACAUUGAAAGUUUCUGA